AUGCGGAGAGUUAUCCUGUUAUGCUUUUUAACAUUUAUUAAGUUCAGCCUAACAUUAUCAAAUCGACCUAGUGUUACAAUUAAACUUGGUGAAAUACUUGGAGUAAGAGAAUCUUUCAAUAACUUGGAUCUUGGUGUCAAUGCAACCCUAGAUAUAUUCCGAGGAAUACCCUUUGCUCAGCCGCCGGUUGGAGAAAAUCGAUUUAGACGCACAGUACCACUUACUGACCCAUGGAAUAAACCUUUAGAUGCAAGUGAAUUCAAUAAUGUUUGUCCGCAAACAUCAUCCGAUUUUGAUAUGCCUAAUAACAAAAGUGAAGAUUGUCUAUAUCUGAACAUAUGGGCGCCGUAUCCUAGAUCUGAGCCUCUUCCCGUGAUGUUUUGGAUUCAUGGAGGGGGAUUCAUAGCUGGAUAUGGAUCGAGUUAUACUUACAAUGCACGACCACUUGCAAGUUACAACAACGUUAUUAUGGUAUCAACUAAUUAUCGGCUUGGUGCGUUUGGUUUCCUGGCAACGGGUGAUGAAGCUCUACCAGGUAAUUAUGGGCUCUUUGAUCAAGCCGAAGCUCUCAAGUUCGUUUAUGAAAAUAUUGCAGCGUUUGGUGGCGAUCCAAACAAAAUUACCAUAUAUGGCGAAAGUGCUGGAGGGGCAAGUGUGGGCCAUCAUCUCAUUUCACCGAUUAGUCAGGAUUUUUUCUCACAAGCCAUAUUACAGAGUGGCAGUGCAGUAGCUCCGUGGGGCUUGGAGAAGGACAUGGAAAAAGCCAGACGGGACGCCGAUCAGUUAGCGUUUUUUACGGGCUGUGGAGCGGCAAAAUCUAGCGCUGAAAUGGCAGACUGCUUGCGGGAUGUUGAUCAAAGAAACAUUACUCUGUCUCAGAAUACGGUGAUUGCCCUCACGACCAAUGUUAUACCAUUUGUUCCAGUGAUAGACAAUGUCUUUAUACCCGGUGAUCCAUAUACACUAAUAAAAAACGGCAAGUUUAAGAAAUGUAAACUUAUGGUAGGGACUUGUCGAGACGAGGGUACUUUGGUCGCUGCAAGAGCGUUUCUACCACAGAUUCCAGUAAAAGAGCCAAUUGUUCGAAGACGGAAUUUCCGCAAUACAUUAGAAGGUUACAUCUACGCCUCAGACGAAACUGCUGUUGUCGAUGCAGUUGAGCUCCAGUAUACGGAUUGGUCAGUUGCUGACGAUCCAGAUACUAACUAUUUUUAUAACUUUGUCGACAUGAAUACGGACGAGGCGUUUCUUUGCCCGUCAGAUUUCACAGCGCGAGCGCAUGCGCAAAGUGCCCAGGAUGUAUGGAUGUAUCAGUUAACGUACCUACCGUCAAAUUCUGUUUGGUUUGAUCGACCUGCAUGGAAAGGAGUUGCACACGCCGAGGACCUACAAUAUGUGUUUGGAUAUCACUUUAUUCCAGAGUUGAAUCACACAUUUUACAAUGGACAGGAAGAAAUCGAACUUUCAAAACGUAUGAUGAAAUUUUGGGGGAACUUUGCAAAAACAGGAAAUCCAAAUCUAGAAACCCUGAGCGACACCUCGAGGGAGACUUUUGAGCCGUGGUUGCCCUAUAGUGUUCCUGGACUAGACUACAAAAUAUUUAACACAAACAUGACGAACAGCAAGGCGUUGAGGGCGGAAUAUUGUUCAUUCUGGAACAAUUACAUUCCACGAUUAAUGACAUAUACAGCCGAUAUAGACGAUCUUCAAAAGCAGUGGAGAGAAGAUUAUUACGAAUGGAAAGAUACAUCAAUGCCCGAUUGGUCUGCUACAUUCGAAGAUUACAAGCAAAAUAUGAAUACAUGUAAUUGAUACAUAUUUGUUAGGCUUUUGCUGGCAUCCCCUUACAAGUUAAAAAUCAUAAUCUUUUUAGAUGUACAGUACCGUAUACUUUAAAGGCUACACAUUCUACUUAUACAGUCCUUGCAUUCUUAGAGCAUCGGCAUUGUAUUCAGACAACUAAUGUAUAAACGUGUUUAUAAUAUUCUGUUACGUGUUUUAAAUUUUGGUUUACGUUUUUCAACAUUUAUAAAUCUGGUUAUACCAUGCAAAAUUGUCUAUAUAUAUAUUGUAAAAUUUUAUUGUAUGUAAAUGCUUAAUAGCUUAAUAACUAGUUCCGUAUUGUAAAUAAGUUUUUAUAAUACCGUUAAAUCUUGUCGAAAAAGAAGGUUUACAUUUAUGGCGUU